CACGCCGGCAGCUCGCGCCGUCCCUGGGCUCCUCCACGCGCCCGCCCAUCGGGACCCGACGCUCCGUGGGGGGCCAUGGCCGCGUGUAGGGACCGCGUCCGCCUCCAGGGCGCCGGGGAGAAGGGCGCCUCCAACGGGGAGAUCGGCCCGCGGGACGCCGGCCACGGCGCUCUCGGCCCCGCGCCGGGCUCCCCGUCCAAGGCAGCCCGCGUGCGGGGCUGCCUGCGCGCCAACCUGCUGGUGCUGCUGACCGUGGCCGGGGUGCUGGCCGGGGUGGCGGUGGGGCUCGGCGUGCGGCAGGUGCCGGGCGGGCUGAGCCGCGCCGGGAUCCUCGCCUUCUCCUUCCCCGGCGAGCUGCUGCUGCGCCUGCUGAAGAUGAUCAUCCUGCCGCUGGUGGUCUGCAGCCUGGUCUCCGGCGCCGCCAGCCUGGACCCCGCCGCCCUGGGCCGCCUGGGCGGCUGGGCCAUGCUCUUCUUCCUGCUCACCACGCUGCUGGCCUCGGCCGUCGGGGUCAGCCUGGCCUUCAUCAUCCGGCCCGGCCAGGGGGCCGCGCCGCCCAGCCUAGAGGGCGAGGGGGACGGAGCCGUGCCGGAGGCCAAGGAGGUGGCGGACUCCUUCCUGGAUCUCAUCAGGAACAUCUUCCCUUCCAACCUGGUGUCGGCGACUUUCCGUUCGUAUGCUACCCACUACAAGCUGGUGGUGAUCAGGAAGAACGUCACCGAUGAGCUGGGAGUUUUUAAUGAAAUGGUCACAGAGGAGAAGGUUCCCCUGGGAGAUGAGGUGGAAGGGAUGAACAUCCUGGGUCUGGUGGUUUUUGCCAUUGUCUUUGGGAUCGCUCUGCGGAAGCUUGGGCCCGAAGGGGAGAUCCUGAUAAAGUUCUUCAACUCCUUCAAUGAAGCCACCAUGGUGCUGGUCGCCUGGAUCAUGUGGUACGCUCCCCUUGGUAUCAUGUUCCUGGUGGCUGGCAAGAUUGUGGAGAUGGAGGACGUGGUGGUGCUCUUCACUAGCCUGGGCAAGUACAUCUGCUGCUGUGUCUUAGGGCACUUCAUCCAUGGCUUCAUCCUCCUCCCGGUUAUCUACUUCAUCUUCACACGCAAGAACCCCUACAGGUUCCUCUGGGGCAUCUUCACAGCGCUGGCCACUGCCUUUGGCACCUCCUCCAGCUCUGCCACGCUGCCGCUGAUGAUGAAGUGCGUUGAGGAGAACAACGGCGUCUCCAAGCACAUCAGUCGCUUCAUCCUGCCCAUCGGGGCCACGGUCAACAUGGACGGGGCUGCCCUCUUCCAGUGUGUGGCGGCUGUCUUCAUCGCCCAGCUGAACAACAUCCCGCUCAACUUCAUCCAGGUCAUCACCAUCCUCGUCACAGCUACAGCCUCCAGUGUGGGGGCAGCGGGGAUCCCUGCCGGCGGCGUCCUCACCCUCGCCAUCAUCCUGGAAGCCGUUGGGCUGCCCACCAGCGACAUCUCCCUCAUCCUGGCUGUGGACUGGCUUGUGGACCGCACCUGCACCAUCCUCAACGUGGAAGGAGAUGCUUUCGGAGCCGGCCUCCUGCAGGUGUACACAGAGAGGACGAUGGGGAAGGCUGAAGCUGAGGAGCUGAUGGAGAUCAAGACUGAGGCCCUGGGCCCCAACAAGGUUCCGGGUGAAGAGGAGGGCUCCCCACUGAUCAAGAGAGAUGAGCCCGUCCUGCUGGCUGCCGUUGGCUCCUGUGAGAAGGAGUCUGUGAUGUAAUCAGCGCCCGGAGCGUGGCCUUGGUCGGAGACUUUUCCUUUUUUAGGGCUCCUUUUUAAAGACAUGUCAAUUGGGGCAGAAACAGCCACUUCUGGUUUUCUUAAGCCUUGAACCCCCUGGGCGAGGCAGUCUCUGUGGCAGGGCUGAUCAGCUCGAGACAAUUCUGACACCCCUCUAGAGUGACCCCCUGCCGAUCUGACUUGUGUUCAGGGAGCCAGAAUCUUGGCUCGGUUCCCAGCCCCACCCCUUAUUCCUUUUCUACGUCGAUCCCAUUCUCCUGAUGCUGGCUGCAGACAGGACUGGGGCCUCUUCAAUCACUCCUUGCCUCUGAGCCUCCGCUGUCUGCCCUCCCACCCCUGCCCCCUUCCUGUUAAUUUUCUGGACCAAGCAAGCACCGAAACUGGCCUCCUUGCGCUUUAAAUGUGCUGAAGCAUCUGGCAUUUCUUGAACGACUGGUAACACCAUUUUCUGUCAUGCGCUCAGCUGCUCAAGUGGAGGCCAGCUGGCUCGUGGACCCCUCCUGACCUCUGCCCUCUCCUUCUUGCCUGAAAGACUUGAUAUUCUAGCUUAGCCAGAGCUCCGGCUGGGGGUCCCUGCAAGAGAUUCUUCCCCCUCCCCCAUUCUCUCCAUGUGGUUACAACUCGGUGGUGGAACAGCUUGUGCCUUUGUUUGUGUUGCUGUGGUGCAGUCCUGUCUGUCACGCUGGUCCCGGAGGAGCCAGCGCUGAUGUUGGUGUGGAGUCGUGUGUCUGUGUCCCACGGUCUCUUAGUGUCCUAAGAACUGGUAGCUCCAGCCAGGCUGAUGUAAUUUAUUUUGCUAUUUAAAUGAUGCGAAUUAGUUGGUCUCUCCAGAGUAGAGAGGAGGGAACCCUUAGACAGCACCAAUGGACUGGAGGCUGCACGUGGCAUCUACCAUGAAAAGGGGAUGGGAGAGAUCCUGGACUGAUGGGGAAGCCUGUAUGUCAACACCCCAGCUAGGCAUUGCCUUAAUUAUUUGACUCCAAGCCCUGGUUCUUGGGCUGGACACUCCAGCCAAGGGUUACAGCUCGCUGCUGAUGUGUCAACCCUCUGGCUUUUCAGCAUAAGCUCUGACAGGCUGCGGUUCCUCUGGCCCCAUUCACUCCUUAGCCUUGUAGACCCAGAUCCAGCAGGGCUGUUCCGAUGCCAGCUGGAACCUGCUGUUCUUGCCUGUGCCACGACCAGCCAUGUGGGGCUCUGAUCUGGGACUGUUCUCGGGGGCGAAUGGCUUGUUCUGUUCUGGCCCCGAGCAAGCCGUUCUGGGGGCUGUCGGGCCCUGGUAGCAGCUAAGCUAUUGCCCUCGGCCACAGCCUCAGUCCAGUGGGUUGGUCUGUUUGAAUUUCUGCCAUAUCUUCCCCAAAGAGGCUUUGGGGUGAGGAAUCGCAAGCGGGGGGAUGGGUUAGCUCUUGGCAUCAAGGUCCGAUUCCGUUUUAAACAGAUGGAGGGCAGGCAGGGAGAAGAUACCAGGCCCCUCUAAAGAUCUGAGAGGGGAGGGUGUUUGCAAUACUGGCCAGCUUGGGGCCAGGCCAGAUCUUGGAUGUGAUUGCUUGCUCUGCUGGCUCCAUGUGCUCUUACCGACCCAGUGUCUCUGGCUGAUUCCUCCCUAGGCCAGGGGGUGGGUGUGUCCGUUUCUCAGGCUGGCUCUUUAACGCUGGUUUUACUUGAGCUUUUGGAGGCCCUUCGUUUGCCCCUUAAGGAUCCCUCAACUCAGGGCUGAGUCCAGGGUUCAAUGGGGGGUGUUGGGAGAACCGAGACGUUCCUGGGAGAUGCCAGGGCUGCCUAGUGUGCCAUGUCUGCUUGCAGGCUGUGGUUCUCUGCUAAACCUCGGCUGGUGCUGCCUAGUUGGGAGAGCCUCGUCCUCUGGGCCGCCUUCCUUCUCUGAAGAAAUCUGAGCUGCUAAUCAGGCGGCCCGGCCUGUGCCGGAGUCUCACACCAUCCACCAGGGUCUGGUUCCUGUUAGCAGCCCCAUGCAGCCUUGCUUCCACCCAGGGCGCUCCUGCUGCCAGGCAAACGUGGGCAGCUGCUGCGGACUAGCUCCUCUCUAGAUCACCCUCUCGAGCCAGGCCUCUCGGUGCCGAGCCACUCGCUGGUGAGAACAGGCUCUGGCCGAUCCCUGUGCGAACUCCCUUUGCUGGGGGGGUUAAUGCUGCUCUCGCUGCUGGGGACAUUGGCACAAAACAGGCACUUCAGGGCCUCAAGUGGCCUUGUGCCAAGUGUUCCUCUGGCAGCUGUCUCCAUGGCAACCAACCGAGGGCAGACAGGACCAUUACUCCAGAUGAGGGAAGAAACCGGAGCCUUGGGUGAGCCGGCUCUAGAGGCACAAGCAAGUGGCUGCUAUGCUGCCGGUAGUGAGACUGUCUUUGGGCUGUAGCAUGGGCCUCUUGACCUCUGCCUUAGCUUCACGGUGGCCUUCAGCCAGCCUCCUUCCCGGGGCGGGGGAGGCAGCUGUCCUUGGCUGUGCAGAUAACCUAGGUUUUAGCCCGGCCACCUACAAAACCCUCUGGCCCAGUUUUCUUUAAGGCUGGGCCAGCUAGCACAGCUGGGGGUAUCUGCUGAUAGUCCUCCAAGGCCUGCCCACAAUUCCCCAGAAGGAUAGACCCCUUCUUCUGCAGUUGCCUCAGAAAUAAUCCUAGGGCAUCCCAGUUCCAAGAACCAGCGGCUAUGCCCCCAGCCCACACAUGCGUGUCGGAUCCAGGUCACAGUAAUGCAGGUAGGGCUUUGCAGGGGCAUGCUCCCACCUGGGCUAGCCUGUGCCAGCUGCCUAUCACCUGGGUGACCUGGGCAGAGACUCCAUCCCCUUUGUUCCAGCAGUGGGGUGAGAAAAGGCCCAAUGUGGGGGAUAACUGAAUCCUGGGGGUGGUGAUUUGAGGGACGUCCUGCACUGGAGUCUGAGCCCUGCUUAGGCCCGGUAGCUGCUAUGGUGAUAUAGCACUCCUCAAGCACAGCCCAUCUGCAGUCUUGGGUCAGUACUCACCCUGGAUUUCAGGGGGUCUUUGCAGUCCCAGUCCCAGGGAGAUGGAAGCACAAUUUGAAGGAGGAGUAACUGUAGUGGCAGUUCUGUGAUUCUCAGGCAGACUCUGCUGGGAGGGACUGCAAGUCUCAUCAACUGUUUGGCUUGAAAGCCAGUCCUGGAGCGUAGGAUUUUCAUCUGCAGAAGGUACCUGUGCGUAGGAGGAGCAGAGAAGGCUGGCCCAGAGAUCAGUGCCUGUGGGUGCAGGAAGGUUAGGUACAGGCCUGUCUGAAUUUGCUUCAGGCAGUUAACCCCAGCCUUUUGGAAGCAUGAGCAAAUCCUUAGAUUGGUGCUCGGGCUGAGAUCUCACCGCCCCUGAGGCGGAUGGGGACGGGGAUGCAGGUGCACGUCCAAAGUACACAAUGCCAAAGGAAUUGCUGGUAGGAGCCCUGCAGGGCAGUGCCGCUCUCAAGGGCGCUUGGUGGCGGUGGCGUCUGUCCUCAAUGCUGCAAUGGCUGUAACUAAAAUGUUCACUCCUGACUGCGGAGACAAUAAAAGAGACUGUCCCGUG